UUUCUUCACAACAAACUUUUUUUUUUCAGCAACCUACUACAAAUUUGAAUUUCGUACAAAAUACUCAACCUGUUUCUCAAUUUCCACAAUCACAAGUUCAGCUUUUAAAUGCAUAUAAAAUUGCACAAGACGAUCUAAGAGGACUAAUUUCAGUCAAAGCAUAUUACAAUUUAAG